AUGCGUUCCUUGACCUGGCUAGGGCUGAUUGCCUGUGCAGGAACUGCAUUGGCAUCGGGAUCUCCGCCUGUGAUCAAAGACGAUGGCGAAACCGAGUUGAUAUGCCACACCAAGAACGCAACCGAUUGUUAUCCCAAGGUCUUCCAAGCGACGAAUGAAUUCCAACCAGUACGCCCAGACCAGGACAUACCGCCUGGCCUUCACGUCCGCCUGAACAUACAGACGGGCGAGAAGGAGGCAAAACUCAACGACCCAAAUGAGAAGAGACCCGACUUGGAGGGUCUCCCUGUUGAUAGCUCUAUCGUCCUCGUGGAUCCAGAAGACGGUGCCGAAAGGCCCAUUCCGGCCGGCGCUCCGAAAUACGACCCUGUCGGCAAGGUCAAGGAGCAGACAGGACCAGAGGCUGAGCAACUCCAUCACGCCCUGGCCGUUUUGAAGGCGGACCGUGUAGGCAAUGGCCCGGGUUUCGAUGACGCCCUUGAAAAGCUUAAUGAGCUUUCCCAUGACAUGUACUUUGGCUCGAUCAUUUCGCAGGACCUCGACGUCCUACGCUCGCUGUUGUGUGUUAUGAGCACAGAGGACGCUUUUUUGAAGGAUGCAGCAUCUUUGGCCAUCCCCCGCGCCCUCCGGGCGGCUGGAACCAUCUCGGCCGCACUGCAGAACAACCCUGCAGCUCUCAAGGCGGUGGAAAAACACUGGCCGGCUCUUAUGGAGGCAACCUGCUCCAGUGACGGGAAGCAAGCCUCGCUCGGCAGCCUUGUCUUUUCCACCAUUCAGCCAGGCAAAGGAAUUUCGACUGCUUCUGGCCGGGACCCUGGACCAAGCCUAGUCAAAGCAAAGCUGUCUGCCGUCAAUGGUCUCUUGAAGAGUGCUAAGAUACGUCAAUUCUUCCUAGACAAAGAUGGCAUGCAAGAGAUUCUGCGCAUCCUAAUCGUCAAGGAUCCCAAGUAUAAUGACGCUCAAGUGAGAGCGGCAAAUCUGGUGUCCGAUACAUUCCUUGACGAAAGCAUGGGUGCCAUUACUGGACAAUGGCCGACAAAGGCGGCCUCUAGUGCUGCCUACUGUGAAGUGACGGGCAAUACUAUGCAGGAUGUAUGCUGGGACUAUCAUAUUGCAAAAACAGCUGCUGAGACCAAGUCGGAUUCGGACCAUUGGAGUGGUUCUUUGUUGACUAUGCUUCGGGACCAACUGAAGGCAAAGGGCAAGGGUUCAGCGUUUCCCGACGCGGCUCGGGCCUCGACGACAUGUCACCACUGCCUGGACCAAAACGCCAAGGUCUUCGGAUGUAUGGGCUGCGAAAAGGCUGUCAAGUACUGCAGUAGCGAGUGCCAAAAAGCCAACUGGAAACUAGUGCAUUCCAAGGAAUGCAAAGUAUUCCGUAAGGUCCGGACGGCGGUGGGCAAAGAUUGGCUACCGACUCCCGUGAGGACGCUGGUGCAACUCCUGGUCCGUUGGGUUGAGGUACAAGAAAUUGUAGCACAGCUCGAGGGCAACGACGAGCGGUUCAAGCAGAGGAAACAACUGUGGGAGGAUAUGAAGUUGCAGGCGUAUGCGGGUAUUCACUACGCUGGACGCAAGGAGGACGAUGCGAAUCUGUUCUUGUCCCUGGACGUAUUGUGCAAGAUCCAAACAAACUCCUUUGACAGGUUCGAUGCCGACACAGGCGCGAGCGGCACAUUUCUCGAUCCUGUGCUUGCUAUGGUCAACCACUCGUGUGUACCCAAUGCGGUCGUGCUAUUUUGGCGGCGCAAGGCUUACCUCAGAGCAGAGAUGCCUAUCAAGCAAGGAUCCGAGAUUUGCAUCUCGUACAUCGACUACACAAAGCCCGUCAGGUUCCGGCAAGAGGACUUGUGGCUUUACCAUUUCACCUGCAAAUGUCCACGAUGCAAGGACGAUCUGAAUGUUUACCAAGUUUGUCGGGACUCGCCAGUAGUCGCGCUGAACGAUGCCACUUUAUCUCCGGGCGUCGAGCAACUAAUGUACCCACCUGGGGAGGCCGACCGCUUCAAGCAGAAAUCCUGGCGCUCCAAGGUGGAAGCUAUAUAUGAGGAGUGCCGACAUGACCGCAGCGCCAAGCCGACGUUUGAGGAACGGCUUGCGAUGCUUAAGGCGAACUGGCAGAGUUGCAAGCCGCUCGUCGAUGCGCAACUUUGGGCUUCGCAGCCCCUCGCACAAACUCUGCAGGCAGCAACUCUCUACUACCUGGGCACGGAAAACCUCACGAAAGCACUCUCGACGGCCUGUUUGACCGCGCUGCACUGUGAUCCAUAUCAAUACGUCGCGCCCUUCAAGACCUUCCGGUUGACGGGUCUCAUGCUCAUUGCCAAAAUCUUGACACAGACGUCGGUUCCGGAUCGGGAGGAGCUCGCCAAGACAGCGCACCCAGAGAUCCUCGCGAUACUGGACCGAACCGAUCAAGCUUCCAUGCUGCAUGCGAUCCUGCUGAUCGUCGUCAAUAACGCCCCUAAAGGACACUCUGAUGAUUGGGAGGUCUUGCACGAGGCCAAGACCAUGCUGUCCGGAAUUGAAAGCAUAGAGGGGCGGGAAGAUGAGUCUAUGCUGUUGAGGAGAUGGGUGAAGAACCCUGGAAAUCAUGCGGACAAGGCCUUCUUCCAGGAGAGGGUGCUCAGGCCAGUUGGGGCACUGGCAAAGCUCGCACCAGAAAUUCUGAGGGCUGAUUUAGGCUAG